UCUCGGAUUGUCAGACUCUGCAAUCAAGGCGCUCCCCAAAAGGUUAGAGCGAUUCGGAGCGUCAGCUCCCUAUCGAGCCGAGCAAGGCCGCAUCCUUGCAACCGUGCAAGGCAUGGACUCGGGCAGCCCAAUGCUUGGUUGCCGCGAACUGAUGUUAUUUUGCCUGGCUGAUUACUGGGUGGGCGUGGGGAAAGAGCUUCCUUUUUUUACUACCCGUCUAGGAGCCCUUCCCCCAUUCCCAAGAAUCACCAGGUCAAAUCAAGAAUCGACACAGUAGCUUUAGGACAAGAAUUCUAUGUCGUACCAGCAUGGGCACUGGCAACCCGUGCAGAAAAAGGCCAUUGCAGAACGUUGCGCGGAGGCCUUCGUCCUCACGAGAGUGUUCGGCAUGAUGUCCGGUGAUUUUUCUUGGCGAUUUUUCUGUGUCCGCCACUUCCCGCUCAAGUUUGCGAGCUUGCGCCACGCAGCUUCUGGCGCGGGAUUGGCCCAUGGAGCCGCAGCUUCUGCUGGAUGCCUGCGAGCGAGGGGACGCCUGUGGCGUCCAAGCCGCGCUGUUGCAAGGCGCGAAGCCGGGGAUGUCUGGGACGUUGGGGUGCGCCCCGCUGCACCUUGCGGUCACGGUGAGCGGGUGGGACCCGCCGGCGUCGGUGAAGAUUGCCAGCAUUCUGAUCAAUGCCAGGGCCUGCAUAGACGCGCGCGACGGCAGGUCCAAUACCCCGCUGCACUACUGUGCGAUGUACAGCCAGGGUGGGGUUUGGCCAGGCCGCCUACUCCUGGCCUUAGGUGCUGACCCCAUGCUGUGUAACGGGGACGGACAGAAGCCUUCUGAUGUCGUAGUGCUGAACCCGGUCGGCUGCAAAGCAGCGGACGACUUUUAUGUUAUGUGCAAGUGCCGUGAGAGCCAGAUCCUUGAAGAGGCUGGCGUGGCACGGCACACACGUCAUCUUCCUGCUAGAGCAGCGCCAAGCACAAAUCUUUGGCGCUUAUAUUGACUCCUUACUGUCAGCUUUAAACUCAACAACGUGCCUAUGGGCAUUGCAGCGUGGACCUACGCAUCUCAG